CACGCAGCACUCCUUGAAGCGCAGCUGUGAGAGUUAAUUCAGUCUCUUAAUCCUGUUUUCCAGCCCUCGACACACAGCGACAGGAAACAUGCGUGAGUGCAUCUCUAUCCACAUCGGUCAGGCUGGAGUCCAGAUUGGCAAUUCAUGCUGGGAGCUUUACUGCCUGGAACAUGGGAUCCAGCCGGACGGACAGAUGUCCAGUGACAAGACUCUUGGUGGCACAGACAAUUCCUUCAACACCUUUUUCAGUGAGACUGGAGCUGGAAAGCACGUCCCCAGAGCAGUUUUUGUGGACCUGGAGCCCACUGUCAUUGAUGAGGUUCGCUCCGGGACCUACCGCCAGCUGUUCCACCCUGAGCAGAUGAUCACUGGCAAGGAGGAUGCUGCCAACAAUUACGCCCGAGGACACUACACCAUUGGCAAGGAGCUCAUUGAAGUGGUGCUGGACAGGGUCCGCAAACUGUCUGACCAGUGCACCGGUCUUCAGGGUUUCCUGGUGUUCCACAGCUUCGGAGGAGGCACCGGCUCUGGUUUCACCUCCCUGCUGAUGGAGCGUCUGUCCGUCGACUACGGCAAGAAGUCCAAGCUGGAGUUCGCCGUCUACCCAGCUCCCCAGGUGUCCACUGCUGUGGUGGAGCCCUACAACGCCAUCCUGACCACCCACACCACCCUGGAGCACUCUGACUGUGCCUUCAUGGUUGACAAUGAGGCCAUCUAUGAUAUCUGCCGUAGAAACCUCGAUAUCGAGCGUCCCUCUUACACCAACCUGAACAGGUUGAUCAGUCAGAUUGUAUCCUCCAUCACUGCCUCCCUUCGCUUUGAUGGUGCCCUCAAUGUUGAUCUGACAGAGUUCCAGACCAACUUGGUGCCCUAUCCCCGUAUCCACUUCCCUCUGGCCACCUAUGCCCCUGUUAUUUCUGCAGAGAAAGCUUACCAUGAGCAGUUAACCGUGUCAGAAAUCACUAAUUCCUGUUUCGAGCCAGCCAAUCAGUUGGUGAAAUGUGACCCACGCCACGGUAAAUACAUGGCCUGCUGCCUUUUGUAUCGUGGUGAUGUCGUUCCCAAAGAUGUGAACGCUGCCAUUGCCACCAUCAAAACCAAGCCCUCCAUCCAGUUUGUGGACUGGUGCCCCACUGGUUUCAAGGUGGGCAUCAACUACCAGCCGCCCACUGUAGUUCCUGGUGGAGACCUGGCCAAGGUCCAGAGGGCUGUGUGCAUGCUGAGCAACACCACUGCUAUUGCAGAGGCCUGGGCUCGGCUUGACCACAAGUUUGAUCUGAUGUACGCUAAGCGUGCCUUUGUGCACUGGUAUGUGGGUGAGGGUAUGGAGGAGGGAGAGUUCUCUGAGGCCAGAGAGGACAUGGCCGCUCUGGAGAAAGAUUACGAGGAGGUUGGAGCUGAUAGUCAGGGAGAUAACGAUGAGGAAGGAGAGGAGUAUUAAAUUAUGUAUGCUUUAAUUAACCCAAAAAAUAAAGAUUGUUUAUUGACAGUAAUAUUGUUUGCUCUCCUUUUUAUCUCCACAGGGCGCAUGUACUGUUGGGACAUUAUUUUUUAAUAGAGCAGUUUCGAUUGUUUUGUUUCUGUUGUUGGCACUUAUGCUUAAAGCAUUCUGUUAUCUCUGGUAGUAAUAUCACAUAAUAGAUUCAAAUGCAUUAAAGCCAUAUUUUUCAGUUCA